GCUACUCAGCUCAGCUACACUGGACUCUCUCUCUCUCUCUAUACCCCCCCUUGGCCCCUUCCCUUCACUUUAACCAUCUCACCCACCCACUGCCACUGCCCCCUUCCUUCUGCUUCAACCUCAAUUAUUAUUUUCACAAUUCACAUUUUACAUAUAUUAUCAAUCAACUCGAUCUCUCAGUUAAAACUUGACCAGCCACACUUGACACUGAAUCUUUCAUGAUUUUUUUACUUCAAAAGAAGAGAUCUAGACUGACGGAUGUAAUAUAAUUGCACGGAGUUUAAAAUAUGUUUUGGAUUUUUUUUGUUCUCAUUUGUUUGGGCUAGCCAAGGGAAGGGUGUGAAUGCAAUAUUUUGACACAAAAGAGAAGCAGGUCGAUCCCCUUGACUUUGAGGUUUGAAGUGGUUACACAAUUACACACACACAAAGGUGCAGGCAUCUAUGUAUUAUGUGAAUGUGACUAACAAAGCACAAUUUUUAGCAUUCCUUUUGCGAGACCCCACGAGUGGCCUUCUGUUCCUUUUUUUAAUUUCUCCUCCCAAGUAAGGUGAGGUCCCCCCCUCUCUCUCUCCUCAGUUUUAAGUUGUAACCUACGCUUACUUACUUACCCUUCUCUCUCUCUCUCUCUCUCUCUCUCUCUCUGUGUCCCGGUCUGAGCAGAGAGGAAGACAACAGUCAAUCAAAAACCGAGAACCCCACAAACUCACAGUCUUAGUCCUUAGUUGGGUCCAAACACUCUACAAUUUUAAAAACUCUCUCUUUCUCUCUAUUUCCGUGUGUUUGUGUUUGUGUUUGUCUGUGCCUGUCUGUCUCUCUCUAACCCCAUCUAUCUAAAAAGAAAGAAAGAAAUGGGGACGAGGGAGAUAGUGUUGUUGGAAGAGCAAAAGAGAAGAUGGGUCGAAAAGAAAUAAAGAAAAAACAAAAGUAAAGCUGGUGAGAGUGAUCCCCACCUAAUGGAACUAUCAGAUUUGCAAAACAAGAAGCAGAGCAGCAGCAGCAGCAGCACAGGUGCUACUCAUCAACAACAACAACAACAACAACAAUCCUCUUCUACCCAUCUUGUUGUGCCUUCCCCUUCCAAUUCUUCCGCAUCCCUCAUCGACGCCUCCUUAGCCAUCGCCACCAGAUCUGAUGAUUCGACCAAGAAGACCCAACAACCCUCCACCAACACCAAGCGAUCCACCAAGGACAGGCACACCAAAGUCGACGGCCGCGGCCGCAGAAUUCGAAUGCCCGCCACCUGCGCCGCUAGGGUUUUCCAGUUGACAAGAGAAUUGGGCCACAAGUCCGACGGCGAAACUAUCGAAUGGCUCCUCCAGCAGGCCGAGCCCGCCAUCAUCGCCGCCACCGGAACCGGAACCAUCCCCGCCAAUUUCUCCACCCUCAACGUCUCCUUACGCAGCAGCGGCUCCACGCUCUCGGCGCCGCCCUCCAAAUCAGCCCCGCACACCUUUCAUGGCGCCCUCGCACUCGCUCACCACCCUUACGACGAAGCCUUUCAACACCCCGCUCUUCUUGGCUUCCACCCUCACCAUCACCAGCAGCAGCUUCUCUCCGCCGAUCAAAUCGCAGAAGCGCUUCCCAGCGCUGGCGGCGGUGACUCCGGCGGCAACUACCUUAGAAAGCGCUACCGAGAAGAUCUCUUCAAAGACGAUAACAUCAACAAUACCCAAUCUCAGAACGAUAGCGGUGAUGCUGAUGGUGAUGCUGAUGGUGAUGGGUCUUCGCCUAAGUUACCCAAGGAAGCUGGGUCUGGGCUUCUUCGGCCCACCAAUUUGCUUCCCGCAACAGCGAUGUGGGCUAGUGGACCCCCUGGAAGCACAAUUUGGAUGCUUCCCGUAACCGCCGCGGCGGCUUCUUCUUCUUCUUCAUCUUCUUCUGCUUCGUCUGCGGCAAGUUCGGAGAGUCAGAUGUGGGCGUUUCCUCAGAGUGUGAGUGGUUUCAUGCCGAGGUUCAACCUUCCGGUUCCGGGUGCGCUUGAAUUCCAAGGCGCACGUGCGGGUUCUCUUCAAUUGGGCCCCUCCAUGUUAAUGCCGCCGCCGCCGCUGCCGCCGCAACAGCAACAGCAGCCCUCUCAGCAUCUGGGCCUUGCCAUGUCCGACUCCAACUUGGGCAUGUUGGCAGCCCUUAAUGCUUACACUAGGGCUGGUUUGAAUAUUAAUUCAGACCAUCAUCAUCAUCAUCAUCAUCAUCAUCAUCAAUCUCAACCUAGUGAGAGUGGAGAAGAUGCUCCUAAUAGCUCCCAAUGAACUUUAGUUUGAUUCGAAGUUGAGUUUAAUGAAUUUGUGAUUAGUGAGUGCUUUUGAAAUAUCCAUCCAUGCAUGCUAGCUAGCUCAUCUCACUUCACUUGAGUUGAGUUCAGUUUCUAAUUAGUCAUUUUUUUUUUGUAUUUCUUCUCUUCUUGUUUUUUUAGCUUGAUUUGGAGAUCUUGGUAUGUUUUAUUUAUUUACAGCUUGGUUUUGGUCCAAAGGGACUUUAGCAGACGGAGAGAGUUUGUAUAGGAGGAAAUUCGUCUUUGGUAUUUUUAUCUUUAUUUGCUUCUUUUUUCUCUCUCUCUCUCUAUGUAUGACAGCAUAAAAAACAAUUCAAACAAAAGAAUUUAAAGGGAAAGAUUUGAAUGCCUUCCUUCCUUCCAUGUUGCUCA